AUGAGACAAGAUCUUUCCCGCAAACUACCUGAAAAUAGCCUAAUUUUAAUUACAGGCUUCUUCUUUUCACCUCCAGCCCGUCGCUUUACAAUAAGUGACCUGUCUGAACUCCAUCAGAAUAUUCGACAAACUUGUCGGGAUUUUGCCGAAAAAGAACUCGCGCCAAGCGCUGGCCACUACGAUAAGACUCACAAGUAUCCUAAGAAAAAGGUCCAGAAGCUUGGCCAACUGGGUCUCAUGUCGAUGCUAGUGCCAGAGCGUUAUGGCGGUAGCGGAAGUGAUUACCUGGCCUACGCCAUCGCUAUGGAAGAAAUUAGUCGUGGCUGUGCCUCAGUUGGCUGCGUUCUCUCGGUCAACAACUCACUCUACAUGGCUCCUCUGAUAAAGUACGCCAGCAGCCAGCAGGUUGAGGAGUUUAUCAAGCCCUUCCUAGACGGCGAUCAUGUAGGCUGUUUCGCUCUGAGUGAACCAAACAAUGGCAGUGAUGCUGGGGCCGCCUCCACGAUGGCCCGCAAGGAUGGUGACGGCUGGAUUCUAAAUGGUGUCAAGUGUUGGAUAACAAAUGGACUCGAGGCGGAGGCCGCCAUUGUCUUCGCAACGACAGAUCGCGCCAAGAAACACAAGGGUAUCUCGGCCUUUGUCAUGCGGACACCACGAGACGGUCUGGUGGUGGGGAAGUCGGAGGAUAAGCUGGGUAUCCGGGCCACGUCCACCUGCACUCUGACCUUUGAAGACUGUCAGUUGCCGCACUCAAGUCUUCUUGGUGAGCAGGGCAUGGGUUUCAAGAUAGCAAUGGAGACCCUAGAUGGUGGACGCAUUGGCGUAGCCGGCCAGGCCCUUGGCAUUGCACAGGUGACGUCUAAAAUCUGUACUUCUGUUUUCCGCGAGCCUUUUACCACGAACUUGCCUUGUUAA